AUGGCCGCUGGAUCCAUGGACGGAAUGUUUCGUAAUAUCUUAGAAGGUUGCAUCUCUAGUUGUGACUCUUCCAUGGAACGACGUCCAUACCACAAAAACUGCGGCUGCGCACUUCACGAAAAAUCUCGCAGUGCACGUAAGAAUUCAAACUUAGGGUCAAGGUCUUGUCGCCACAAGUGGUCCGAGAUUGUCUGGUUCCCUAUCAGACGGUCUUGGAGUGAAGGCAACUGUAUGGCUCUGCAUCUCACCUCAUCUUCUUCUUCCUCGAAUCUCCACUCACUUUCGUCAUCUUCGUCUAUUUCUACACUAGCAUCGUUAUCUUCCACAACUUCUUUGACAAUGUCUGAUAUUGAUUUUUCCAUUGAAGGCUUAAAUUAUUAA